ACUUUACAAUCGAUCUCGCGGUAUUUUGAUGUCAUAUUUCGAUCAUGAAGUCAAACAGGGUUUUAAAUCCGUGUGUGCGCUCGGAAUCUCGCGAGAAAUGUGUGGACCACAAAAACGUUGCUGUGUCAACACCCCGGUCGCGCGCCGCGCACAUCACUCCUCAGCUGACGCCGCCUGCUUUCAUGGAGAAAUUCAUACUCCUGCGAUAAGGUUAUGAUGCAUCCUUUCUGGGUUGUCUGCUGUGACUUAAGGUGAAAUGGCACUUUCCCAGACAAAAUCAACCAAAAUGGGAAUGUCGAGACUGUUACGCAUUUUUGUGUUUGUUGGUGCAGUCUUCAUGAUCCUUCUUAUAAUCAUAUACUGGGAUGAGGUGGGGGCCACCAAUUUUUACCUCCACGCAACAAUCUCUGGGCCUCACCCGUCCCGCCUUACUCCACAUAGACGCUCUGAUCCAGAAAAGAAAACGGAUGAGGACAAAGAGAACUCAUUUUUGACAGACAUAGAUGCUUUUGUCAACCAGUUUUUGGAGGGGACCAUUGACCCGACGGAGCAGGUGCGAGGAGAACCAACCCCUGGAGAGGCUCACAAUCAGUCCUCGGAAAAAUCUGAGGAAAAGUUUGUUCCUAGACGAGAGUGGAAGAUCCAUCUUACCCCAAUAGACCCAGAGAUGAAACAGAGGCAGGAGAAUCGAAAGCAGCUGCUCCAGGAUUUUUGCAGUAACAGAAGUCUCUUCGACUUCCCGGGAAAGUACAGGAAUUUUGAUGACAUACCCAAUAAAGAAUUAGAUCACCUGAUCGUAGACGACAGACACGGGAUCAUUUACUGUUACGUUCCGAAGGUGGCCUGCUCAAACUGGAAGCGCAUAAUGAUCGUGCUGAGUGAGAGUCUGUUAUUAGAUGGCGUGCCCUACCAAAACCCACUAGACGUUCCUCAAGACCUCGUCCAUAACAGUAGCUUACACUUCACGUUCAACAAGUUCUGGAAGCGAUAUGGAAAGUUCUCACGUCACCUCAUGAAAAUCAAGCUUAAGAAAUACACCAAGUUUUUGUUUGUGAGGGAUCCGUUUGUGAGACUGAUCUCUGCGUAUCGCAACAAAUUUGAACAACCUAAUGAGGACUUCUACAGGAGAUUCGCAGUUGUCAUGCUGAAAAGGUACAGCAAAUACACCAAUCCACCGGCGUCAGUGGUAAACGCUUUUGCAGCUGGUAUUCGACCGUCUUUCACAAAUUUCAUUCAAUAUUUAUUAGAUCCAAAAACUGAGAAAGACACACCUUUCAAUGAGCACUGGAAACAAAUUUACCGUCUGUGCCAUCCCUGCCAGAUAAAUUAUGAUUUUGUAGGAAAGCUGGAGACUUUGGAUGAGGAUGCUGAGCAUUUGUUACGGAUUCUUCGCGUAGAUAACGUCGUUGAGUUCCCUCCAAGUCAUCGCAAUCGAACAGUUAGUAGUUGGGAACAGGACUGGUUUGCCAAAAUACCAUUGGAAUCUAGAAAUGAGCUGUACAGACUCUAUGAGGCUGACUUUAAACUAUUUGGAUAUUCCAAACCAGACAAGCUGUUACAUGAAUAAUGUUUUUGUCGUGAUCUACAUCUGGAAUGCUGAAAAAGUUUAACAGGACAAGAACACCAAGAGGAUCAUAAGGGUUUCUCCUGCUUGAAUUUUAACUUGAUGAUCACCAUAAAGACCUGUUAGCUUCAGGUCAAGUCUCAGACUUGAAAAUCACACUUAAAAAUAUAUUGGACUCCAGUGUUAAUUGUUAAGGGCGAUUUAUAGUCGUGCGUAGGUCCUACGGCAUAGCAGCGACGGCGUAGGUUCCGCGUCGGUUUUCAUUUAUACUUGUGCGUCGCCGUCCGCGUUGACGUGCAAACACACGCGAAACCGCUGGUUGGCAGUAAUCACGCGUGUAACCACAGUAGCAGCAGAAGUCGUCACAGAAGAAGAAGCUAAGCAAGUUAACCCACAAACGAAGAAGAAAUAGCAACUUGUUUUGUAUAAUUUGAGAAGACCAGCAAUGAUGGAAGUAAAUAAACAGCGACUUAUGUUUCAGUUUGAGUUAAAUCACUCCUCAUCUUGGCUCGUCUUUGUUUUCAUCGUCUCAAACGGAAAUACCUAUGACGCAGUUUUUUUUACCUGACGGGAGGGGUUCUGGUGGACCAAUCACAGCGCUUACAGUCCGAAAUUUUGUGAGGUGUGCGUCAGGCUACGCAGAGCUACGCACAGGCUACGGAUAGCCUACGCCAUAGCUACGGCGUAGGACCUACGCACGACUAUAAAUCGCCCUUUAUGCAACAAGGUUUACAAAAGCAACCUGUAGCAUAUUGAAAACCUUCACAGACUUCAACUCAACAACAUAAGACUUGACUUAGACCUGGCCUUUUAAGACACAAGACCUGAAAAGAUACAUGUCUGCCUUUUAAUGGAAGAGUCACGUGCCACAUCCAUGUGAAAGCAUUGCAGAUGGUAUCACAGAUCAGUUUUACCAUUGAUGUGACCGAAUUGAAUGGCAUUUCAAAACGACCAGAAUCAAACGGGGCCAAACUUGAUAUUAGGUUAUGCUAAUGUUCAACCUGCGCUAUAGAAAACACUGUAGAUUAAUAGGAGUACAUUGAGAAUGCUGACAUGGCCUAUUUGAAAAGGCUUUGGGAUGAUUGUGCAGCCUUUGGGCAUUUAAAGUGACAGUAGUGAACAUACAUUUCUUUACACACUUUAUGCUUUAAGCCCACAGUGUGUUUUUUAUGCACGUUCAAACUCACAGCCUUGCAAAUUAUAGUUUAUUUGACUCGUACGCGUACGCAGAUGUUUGAUGCAUGCACACCGCAGCAAAAGUCUGGCGGUGCGCGUACGCAUAAAAAAUGGACCAUACUUCUGACUUUAUACUUUCCCAUCUCCUUUCACCAAUACGCGUUAACAUAAUUUCUGUUGGCCUACAUUUCGAAAUAAGACAUUUUGAUAUUUACUCACUCAAAACACGCACAAUUUUCGGAUUUUUUUUUUUGUUUAAGAUACUGAGCAGUGUUUGACAAACAAACACAUGAGAUUUCAUCUAUAACCUCAUCAGUAUUGUUUUACAUUGAGGUGAAAAUGAAUUAUAAUUCCAGCAAGUGAGUUUUAUCCAUCAGUUUUUGGUAUAUUUGUAAGCUUCUAAUGCAUCACCCAAAAUAUCAGAGAAAUCUAAAAGUGUAUAGUACAUUUAGGAAGUGCACACAGAGUAUUUUAGAGUAUUUUUGUAACGGUUUACAAUUAAAUGUGAAAAGUGAAGGAAUUUUGUCCUUAAAAAAGUCAAAUUUUACAGUCUUUAUUUUUUAUUCUUAUACAGGAGUUUCUUUCAUUUUUUAGGCAUGUGCUUUAUGUUGUAUUUUUAGUUUUGAGUGGUUCUGGAUGUUAUUAACUUUAGUUCAGAGUUGUUUACUGCCAGUGCUCAACAGUGAAGCACAUUUUGAAAAACUGGCACAAAAUGAAAUUAUAAUGCUAAUGAGUUGUAAAAUAAUUGUUUUUCUCUAUAACAGAGAGUAUAUUACAGACAAAAGAGUCAGUAUUCAGAAUGUGGCCUGUUCUCAUUAGGAUCCUUUCAUCAGUUUUAUUCUUAUAUUAGUAUGUAGCGGGUUGAGCCCUCUGUUCUGCAGCAUGCUAUAGCAUGUGUGCCUUGCAGUCCUUUUCAUAAAUAUGCAUCACUUACAAGUAGCAAAAAAAAAAAAAAAAUGCUGGUUGUCUUUCGGUGUAACAUAAUGGCCUUGUUUGCAUAUUGUUUGAAAUAUAAUUGCGGGCACAUUGGGUUUAUUUCUAAUUUAGCUAGAGAGUUAAUUUAAUUGCUUUAGUAAGAGAGAGCACAAAUGUUAAUGUAGUUUCUAGUUCUGUUAUCAGCAUUUAUUUGCAUUUGAGAUAAAGGAUUUUAUUUGCAGAGAAGAUAUUUCUUUCCUUUUACAAUAUGCUCUUUGGUGCACUUUACACAUUCGAUCAGAUGUAUAAAACAGAUCUUUAGGUCAAAGAGAGCUGUGAGGAUGAAGUUUCUGUGGAUUUGAUUGUAGAUUGUAAUAGGAAAUACUGUGGAGCACAAGUGUAGCUUGAUUGUAGUGAUGGACCAGAGGGAACAUCAUGCCCCAGUUUAGCCAGCCCUCAAGGGAAGCCACCAUUCUUCAGUCACUGCACUGAUGAGCCCAUUUGGUAGCAGUGCCUUUUGAAAAAAAGUUUACAAAAAAGUUAUUUUUCUAUGUGGGUCAAUCACAAUAAAAAAAGAAAAACAAUGUAUUAGUACAUUCAUUGUUUUGCAUUGUAACCAGUUUAAUGGCUGUAUAAAAGGAUAGUUCACCAAAAAAGUCAAAAUUUUUUCAUGUUGUUACAAACCUGUACACAUUUCUGAUGAAAAUGAAGGAAGAUAUUUUGAGGAUAUUUCUCAAAAUAUCUUCCUUCGUGUUCAUCGGAACAAUGAAAUGUAUACAGGUUUGUAACAACAUGAGAGUGAGAAAAUGACACAAUUUUCAUUUUUGCAUGAACUAUCCUUUAAAAUUUGUUUAACAUUUGUGCAGUAUUUUGCCUAUGCCGUUUGUUUCAGAAUAAUUGCCAUUUUUGUGUAGUGAUGGUGCCACAAUUUACAAAGACAUGUGUUAUAUUGUCAUGAUGCCAAUGUUAUUUUUUCACUUUGUUUACUUUGAAAUCAUAGGAAUUUCUUAUUUGCAUGAAAUGUUUUUUUAAGAGAAUUUGCUGGAAACAAAAAGGGAAAAAAUGUUUAUGUUCAGAUCAGGGCUUAGCUUGUGUUCUUGACAUUUAGUUUACUUUAUUUUGCAAUGUAGAUAGCAUUUGUAUUUAUUAUGGUUUUAUUUAAUGCUUUAGUUUCAAAAUGAUAACUCAAUAAAGUUCAAUGCAUGGUGUAAA